AUGUGCACCAAGCGAGCUCUUGUUUGGAGUUUGCUGGUCCUCUCUGUCUUUCAUAUGGGACUCGGGGUGUCCUGCAUCUCUCUGGGUGUGCUGGGGAUCACACAACCCCGCAGGCUACAGAAAAGCCAAACCUCCUUCUCCACACCGAUAUGGAGCGGCGUGUGUUUUCUUGUCUGUGGACUAUGCGGGAUACUGUGUGCGAAGAAAAGAACUGGACUGACUAUGAUCCUGUUUUCAGCUUGUUGCAUUUGUGGACUAAUCGGGGGAAUUCUCAACGUCCAGUUUGUGCGUGCGAUGGUGAAACGGGCGAGCAGCAUGUACUAUCUGCACCUGGCCUUCCUCUGCCUGGCCAGCCUGGGCAUCCUGGGCUGCACGCUCUGCACCUGGCUCACCUGCAGACUCGCCAGCUGUGAGCAGAAAAGACUGUUUCUGGAAAGGGAUCUGUCGCUGCAUCAUUCCGUGGAGAUGGGCGAGAAGGUGAAGGCCACGUGCGGAUGA